UUAUCGGCACUCUUGAAAUUCUGAUGCUCCACCAGCUCAUUCAAGCCAAUCUGUACCGAGACACCGACGAGGGUCAAUGCAUGCUAUAAGAAUCAGCUGGAUGGUCGGUCGAUUCGGAUACUAGAACCUUGUUACAUUUGAGUACACUUACAGUGUCUCCUGCAGCGCCCGUCCUGUCUUGAAUCCUCCUUCCAGAAAUAUAGCCUCGCAAAAUGUUUUUGGUAAUAGCGCCUCCACCACACGUGAAACGAGAGGGAGAACAGACAUCGGUCCCACUGCGAAAGAGAAGAGGAUUACCAAAAGUUCACACAGGUUGUACGACAUGCAAGUCUGACUCCCUGACUAGUCUACAUCCCCUUCCCAAGUGCUGACAUGCAAUUACUAGAGCUCGACGAAUCAAAUGUGAUGAAGGGAAGCCGGAAUGUUAUCGCUGUAAAAUAUUUUACAAGGGCACUUCUCAAAAGUGUGGUUAUUUAACACGUGAAUUUCCAAACUCUAGACAAGGUCUCGCAACCAAGAGAAACAUCCUAUCUAACAAUGCCGCUGAGAAUAUUAGACAUGAAUCUAUAAGGAGCAUUUCUGAUGUUGAAUUCGAAAGCCCUAAACAUUUCCAAUAUUUUCGAUUUUUCUGUAGUGAUGUUACGACUCAAGUAUUUGGUGGAUUCUUUUCCGAGUUAUGGAACAGUGUUAUCCUCCAAGCAUGUCAUCAGGAACCCUGUCUUCUCCAAGCUGUUUGUGCAAUUGGGGCUCUCAGUAGGGUAAUGAGAGCACGCAAGCAAGGUCAGAUCAUGACCAUGAACGAUGAUUACAGAUUUGCCGUACAAGAAUACGGCAAAGCGCUCGGAGGAAUCAAAAAGCUCGUACCGAUUCGUCUGACUUUGCUUGCUGCACUUCUCAUAUUUUCAUUCGAGAACUUUCAUGGAAAUCAUAUGUCGGCAGUAACUCAGAUUCAGAGCGCUGCGAAAUUACUUCAAGAUUGGAUGAAAGAUCGCGAAAAGCGUCAGAUAACGGAUCGAACCAUAUCACCAGCUCCCGAUGUUAUUGAGGAUGCCAUUUUUGCCACAUUUCAUAGUACACACAUUGGAUUAAUAUCUGCAAUUGAUCCCACCAUAGCUCAAGCCCAAGAUAUCAUGCACGGGACUCGAAUGUAUAUUCCUAGUCCCGUUCCAGUCAUGUUUACAAGCAUUGAUGACGCGGGCCACAACCUCACGGUGAUUUGUAGACAGCUUAUCAGCUUUCUCAUGGACACGGCAUCACUUAUUCGAGGAGAACAAGAACCUGCCAAAGAGGAAAUAUCUGAUUCGGCACUGUGGAACAAACGAAUGCUCGAUUGGUCUCCAGCAAUGGCCGAGUUCAAGGAGAUUUUAAACAAUCUUGAUCAAUGGCAGAUUGCUUUCGAACCAUUAUUCAAGCGCACAAAAAAGGAAGAUAACAAUUUUAUCACUGUCUGCACGUUAAGAGUGAACUGGUUAACAACACGCAACGGAUUUCAUUUGGCUUUCUUCCCCAACACACCUGCUCAUGUCUACCAGGCCAUUUUUGAAGAGGUCAUCGAAAUUUGCAAGGCAGUCAUUGCACAUCCUAGUUUUGAGAAGGGCUUUGUAUUCUAUAGUGGUGUUGUGCCGUCACUGACUGCGGCGGCCAGGUACGGGGCCAUUUCUACUCGGAAAGAAGCCAUUGAAUUGCUGCUAGCCAUUGUACCUAGGAGAGAGGGUAAUUGGGAUGCUGCAAAUUGUGCUAGAGACGCUAUUGUUGCUUUGAAGAUGGAUAUUAGAAGUCGAGACAGGAUCCAUGGGAAAUGAAUGUAGUUGUGGAAGAGGUGCAGAACGUAAUGCCUUCAGCGGAUCAAAAUGGCUAAGAUUUCAAACCAUUGGAGGCCAUUCUAGCGUGCAGCAAUAAUAUCCUCUCAAACAAAAGAGUGCAGUCUGUGUUGGGAUGAUUGUUAUGGUAGCGAAAUAUUUUGGGAAGGACAGGACAAAAUACUAUGACAAUGGCUCGCUGGGAAAUUUAAUUCAGAGCAUCAAGCCGUCUAAAAUGCAGGGACUUGAGUCAUUCUGUAUCCAGGAAACCAGUUGUUAGAGCGAUCAAGGCGUAUAGUUGUGGCUUCAUUAUAUUUGCAGCGGGUGUCUACUGUUUUCCAAACAGCACGAGCUCGAAGCUGGGUUGCUAGUAUUUCAACAAAAGGAUUGGACAAUAGUCACUGUUCAUCUUGGACAGGCUCCCCAGACAUUAUUUUGUUACUCCUCUUAUUCUUUUUGAAAUACAAACUUUUUUUAAUCUAUCUAUUUUCAGACUUGAUUUUAUUAGUUUUUCCAAUUUUUGUUGUUUGUUCUAGAUCAGUGGAUAAAAUCAAACGAUGUAUUUAU